AGUUAAGGCGUUCCCCAGGCUACGCUCUUUCGGCCUCUCCCUUCCUCUCCCUGCCAUGUACUCCCUCGCUCUACCCUCUUCCUCCUCCCUCCUUUUCCCUUACUUUCUACGCCCAUUCCCUCCCCCCAUCUUUCUCCGGGGCCCUGGAGCCCUAGGUUUUUUCCGGCCCAUGGCCGCCGGAGCUUCCAUGGUGAGGUUUCCUCUCGUCCCCUUCUCCGGGAACCCCCUGCGCACCGGCUUCCCGACCAAGAAGCAGUUCUCAGAUCCCGAGGACGAGGACGAAGACGAAGACGACGAUGAAGAGGCCGCGGAAGAGUACGAGGUUGAUGGGUUCUUGGUGGAAGACUCGGAGGAGGACGAAGACAGAGAGAGGGAGACCGCUCAGCCUGCGGCGGCGGCGGCUGGCCCGUCGCCUCGGUCCGAGGAGCACAAGUGGCAGAGGAUCGAGAGGCUGCUCGCUGAGGUGAGGGAGUUUGGUGAGGGAAUCAUCGAUUUUGAGGAGCUCGCGGGCAUAUAUGAUUUCCCCAUUGACAAAUUUCAGCAUUUGGCUGUCCAAGCAUUUUUGAGAGGCUCAUCUAUUGUAGUUUCUGCACCAACAAGCAGUGGGAAGACAUUAAUUGCAGAAGCUGCAGCGGUGGCUACAGUUGCUAGAGGAAGACGGCUCUUUUACACAACUCCCUUGAAGGCUUUAUCAAAUCAGAAGUUUCGUGAUUUUCGUAGGACAUUUGGUGAAAAUAAUGUUGGCCUUCUAACUGGAGAUUCUGCCGUCAACAAAGAUGCCCCGAUUCUAAUUAUGACCACAGAGAUUUUGCGUAACAUGCUGUACCAAAGUGUUGGUAUGAUUUCGACUGAAAGUAGGUUGUUUCGUGUUGAUGUGAUUGUUUUGGAUGAAGUGCACUAUCUCAGUGACAUAUCUCGGGGCACAGUUUGGGAAGAGAUAGUUAUAUAUUGUCCAAAGGAAGUCCAGCUUAUAUGUCUUUCAGCAACCGUUGCAAAUCCUGACGAGUUGGCAGGUUGGAUAGGGAAGAUUCAUGGUAAAACUGAGUUGGUAACAUCCACCAAACGACCAGUUCCGCUGACUUGGCACUUCUCACUGAAGAAUUCACUGUCACCGCUUCUUGAUGAUAAAGGAACAAGAAUGAAUAGGAAGCUGUCACUUAAUCAUUUACAACCGACUGCCCCAAGAACAGAACCAUCCAAUGGAAACAAAAUGAGGAAGCAUAAAAUGGGUAAAGUUCAGCAACGUUUUGGUGUUGCUAGCAUAUCAAAGCAGACACCAUUGUCAAAGAAUGAUACAAACUCGAUACGCCGUUCUCAAGUUCCCCAGAUCAGAGAUACCUUAUGGCAUCUUAGGGUAAGGGAUAUGCUUCCUGCUAUUUGGUUUAUAUUUAGCAGACGAGGAUGUGAUGCUGCCAUCCAGUAUCUUGAGGAUUGCAAGCUUUUAGAUGAGUGUGAAGCUAGUGAAGUUGAGCUGGAAUUUAGGAGGUUCCGUAUGCAAUAUCCUGAUGCUGUCAGAGAGGUUGCUGUAAAAGGCCUUUUGCAGGGAAUUGCUGUACAUCAUGCUGGUUGCUUGCCUCUAUGGAAGUCAUUUAUUGAAGAGUUAUUUCAGCGUGGCCUUGUUAAAGUUGUCUUUGCAACUGAAACUCUUGCUGCUGGGAUCAACAUGCCUGCUCGAACGGCUAUAAUCUCUUCUCUCAGCAAGAGGACAGAAGCAGGUCGAACACUUUUAAGCCCAAAUGAACUGUUCCAAAUGGCAGGGCGUGCUGGACGGAGAGGUAUUGAUGAAGUGGGCCAUGUUGUUCUUGUUCAGACUCCCUAUGAAGGAGCUGAAGAGUGCUGUGAUCUUCUCUUUGCUGGGCUUGAACCUCUUGUCUCACAAUUUACUGCUUCAUAUGGAAUGGUUUUGAAUCUCCUUGCUGGUGUAAAACUCACUCGUAAACCAAAAGAGCCAGAUGCCAUGAAAGCUUUACAUUCUGGGCGAACUUUAGAAGAAGCUAGGAAACUGGUGGAGCAAAGUUUUGGAAAUUAUGUUGGUAAUAAUGUCAUGCUUGCUGCCAAAGAAGAGCUUAAGAAGAUAAAGAAAGAAAUUGAAUUGCUUUCUUCAGAAAUAAGUGAUGAUGCGGUUGAUAGAAAGUGCCAAGAGCAGUUAUCCAUGAUGGAAUAUGCUGAGAUUUCUAAUCUGCAGGAGGAAUUAAGGGCAGAGAAACGACUGCGAACUGAACUCAGACGAAAGAUGGAACUUAAGCGAAUGGCUGCAUGGAAACCAAUAUUGGACGAUUUUAAAAAUGACCACCUUCCAUUCAUGUGUUUGCAGUAUAAAGAUAAGGAAGCGGUUCAGCACAUUGUCCCUGCUGUUUAUAUUGGAAAGCUCCAGUUCUUUUCUUCUCCAAAGAUCAUGAAUAUGGUUCAGUCAGGUCAUUCUGUUGCUGACACUAUGGAAGUUGAUUCUGGAGAUGUAAGGGACCAAAAUGAUAGCAGACCAGCUUAUUAUGUGGCUCUAAGUUCUGAUAACUCAUGGUAUCUCUUUACAGAAAAAUGGGUAAGAAUGGUGUACAAGACAGGUUUGCCCAAUGCCUCAUUAGUUGAUGGUGAUCUACUACCCCGAGAAACAUUGAGGGCACUUCUUGUGAAAGAAGAGUUGCAAUGGGAAAAGCUUGCAGAUUCUGAAUUUGGGUCCUUAUGGUGCAUGCAAGGAUCUCUAGAGACAUGGUCAUGGAGUCUCAAUGUUCCAGUAUUGAGUAGCCUUUCAGAAGAUGAUGAGGUUAGGCAUUGGUCCCAGGCAUAUCAAGAUGCUGUGGAAUGUUACAGGGAGCAAAGAAGCAAAGUUUCACGUCUGAAGAAAAAGUUAACAAAUACCAAAGGAUUCAAAGAGUUAAAAAAAAUCAUAGAUAUGACAAACUAUACAAAAGAAAAGAUUGAACUCUUGGAGGCUAGAUCCAAACGUUUAACUAGGCGAAUAGAGCAGAUUGAACCAACAGGUUGGAAGGAGUUUCUACAGAUCAGCCAAGUAAUACAAGAAGCGAGAGCAUUAGAUAUCAACACUCAUGUUAUAUACCCUUUAGGUGAAACAGCAGCAGCAAUCCGAGGAGAAAAUGAACUCUGGCUUGCUAUGGUCCUUAGAAAUAAGGUCUUGUUAGAUCUAAAACCUGCACAACUUGCAGCAGUGUGUGGAAGUUUAGUAUCAGAAGGAAUUAAAAUUCGGCCCUGGAAGAGCAACAGCUAUAUAUAUGAAGCAUCUUCUGUGGUCAUUAAUGUUAUCAACCAUUUGGAGGAGCAGAGAAACUCUCUUAUACAGAUACAAGAUAGGUAUGGGGUACAGAUACCUUGUGAAUUAGACAGCCAAUUUUCUGGAAUGGUUGAAGCUUGGGCCUCUGGUUUAACUUGGAGAGAAAUAAUGAUGGACUGUGCUAUGGAUGAGGGAGAUCUGGCUCGACUUUUAAGACGUACUAUCGAUUUACUAGCUCAGAUUCCAAAAUUGCCUGAUAUUGACCCACUGGUCCAGAACAAUGCAUUACUCGCAUCCAAUGUCAUGGACCGUGCACCAAUAAGUGAGCUUGCUGGAUGAACUGCUCACUGCAUAUGCAGCAAAUGUAUUAUUAAUGUUUUAUAUAUUUUAAUGUUAUUAUGUGUUAUGCUGUAUAUAAAAAUCUUGCACACCUUGGAUAAAGCAGCCAAAUUCCUAGUUUCUUUUAGAGCCCAAGGGAGUAUUGGUAACUUGAAGGGUGUGGUCCUUUUACUCCACCUUUACCUUUUCCCUAUACGUUUACAGGUGUGGCUCAUAGAAAUCAAAAUGACAAACAUUUUCACUCUCUCUCUCUCUUUAUGUUUUUUUUUUGGGCGAGCUACCUUUUCUUGCAACUGUACUAGCAAAUCAGCAUUUGCUUUUCUCAUUAUUCAACUACUUUUGGCAAACAGAAAUCUUGAUUAGGA